AUGGUGGAGGAGCUCGGCUUCGACAUCAAUGCCGGCAGAGAGCUUGGCAUAACAGCUUUGGCUUCUGCUGCGUUGGAUGGAAGGCUGGCUACUGCAAGGUACCUUCUUGACCAUGGGGCUGAUCCAAAUAAGAAGUGCAAUGCAGGCUCUGACAAGCAGGAUGAUCAUAAUAAAAAGGCUCAGUUCAAACUACGUGGUGAGAAAGCUAUUAAGGACAAGCAUGAUGAGCAGGAUAAAAAGGCUCAGCUCAAACUACAGGGUGAGAAAGCUGUUAAGAGAAAGGACUACCAUGGCGCCUCAAUUUUCUACACUGAGGCAAUUGAGCUGGAUCCUACUGAUGCAACAUUGUAUUCCAAUAGGAGCCUUUGCCAUCUUCAAAUGACCGAAGCUUUGUUUGAUGCUGAUUAUUGCAUAAAAUCGCGGCCUGAAUGGUUAAAAGGUUACUACAGGAAAGGGGCUGCUCUCAUGUUGCUGAAGGAGUAUGAAAAGGCAUGUGACGCAUUCUUGGCUGGACUGAAGUUGGAUCCUUUGAAUGCUGAGAUGGAGAAAGUAUUCCGGGAGGCGGUCGAGGCGAUGAAGAAGCAUCAUGUUACUACAAAAAGCUUCAAGCCAUCAGAUUAG